AAACUCAUAUGAUCGAUUUGUUCAAUAUGUGAGUAGACGGAAGACGUUGUUUUCUCGAAAUCAUGUUAAAAAAUAAUAAAAAUUAAGUGAAAGGUAUGAGCAAGUUUUGAAUUUUAUUGAUCACAGAUGAAGGAUUUUGGAGAGGAAAUUUCUCGUCUCCAUACGGUCGAGGAGGACAUCAAAGAGCUCAAGUGUAAGAUGGAGCCGUUCACCUGCGGCGGCGUGAAGAGGAAGGAAAACGCCGAUGUGGCAGGUGCGAGAAUAUCAGAGGGGCUGGACACGUUCGAUCAGAUUCAGCUGCUCUUCGAAGACCUGAGGAAGGUAAAGGUCAAGAUCGAAGAUCAUCUGCUCACGGCCUCCGACGCCCCGUUCUCCAAAAACACCAACGAGAUCAAGCACAAGCUGGAAGAAAUCAGAGCGGAGUACACGAGCAUCCUCAGCAACGUCGAAAGAAGCCACAAGGAAGUAAAAAGUUUAAAAGACAAUCUGGAAUCCUUCGAUAACAACGACAAGCCGGAAACUGCACUGGAAGAUUCAACAUAUGAUCCUAACAUACGGAAUUUGAAUUUAAAGAAUAUAAACAAUGAAACAAAAAUCAACCAGCCCAACAAGUCGACUCUUGUUUAUCAACUAAAAACAGAAACCACUCACCCUAUUGGGGGUUUAAUAAAACCGGAAGAAUUAGGACUAACUGUGAAUAAUUCGAGAAUAAAAUUGCAUAAAACUAGGUCCGAGGUAACCGAAGAAACUACUACGACCCGACGGACUAACAGUGAAUACCAAACAGAAACCGUCUACAAAGCGAAUAAAGCAUAUAACAAGUCUGAGGAACAAGAAACCACGUACGAACGCUCCCCUUCGGAUUCGGGACACAAUGUCAAUUUUGAAGCGGAAUACAAAGACAAGAAACAUCAUUCUCUUGAAGAAGACUUGAUAUCUAUAAAGUCCGACUUAUCGCCCCCGGUGAGCGACCGUGCACCUAGUCCUAAACAAUGGAAAGAAGCGAAACCGUAUUCAAAAAGUAGAUUAAAAAACGGUCGAAUAAAAGGUAUGAAACACGGUUUUAAACCGUUAGUUGUAAACCGAAUUUCUCCGACCGAGCAGAAAUAUAAAAAUUCCCAUUCUGCACCAAGCAUGGCUCACACCACCAGUAAUCAAAGGGCCGGUAUGCACCACAAAACCACAAGCAAGACGAAAAUUUUCAGCGAGGACUUCUACUCCAACGAUGACGUAGAAUAUGACAAUCGAAUGUAUGAUGUUGACAAACCUUCUUCCAAUCCCGUCUUGCAGAAACGAGGGGUAGGUCCGGUUAAACAUUCGCUAAUGAAAGUGACUCAAUCCAGACAAGAUAACAAAAGUAUAAUGUCUAUCGUCACGAACGACGAUGCCCGAACAUCCAAAAUGAACCUUGCUUUAAAAGGAUCUUCAACACCCGACACAAUAAAAAAGAAAAUGGACCUGAAAGAAAAAGAGAUCCAAUCUCUAAAAGACGCGUUAAAAGCUGCCGAAAAGAGCAACUAUAAAGAGGCAGAUCGACUGAGAUCCGCAAAACUGAGCGACGUGGACAUAUCUGAAAAACUGCUGCACAAAAGUUACGAAUGCGACGAGCUUCUGGAAGAGAACAUCAAACUCAGAAAAGCUAUCGACCAGAUGGGAAUAGAAAUUCGGGAUUUAGAACUAGCCAAUCUACAAUUGAAAAAUGCCAAAGGGUCUUUAGAAAUUUUAAAAGAAAAGAACGCGGAAGAAAACUCCGAGCUGCUGAAUCGCGUGCAAAUUUUACAGGAAGAACUUGACAAAUGCCGUGAAAUAAGCGACUUGAAGGAACAGCUGUCAGACGAGCUUGCAAGAGUCAUGAUGGAAUUAAACGAAUGCAAGGACAUAAACAAAGAACAAAAAAACAAGCUGAAUUCAUUAAAGAAAGAUAAGGACUGCAAAAUAUCAGAUUUCGAAAAGAAAAUCGAAAGUCUGAAGGCAGAAAAUCAAGAAAACAAAUCGAAACGAAAAGAGUUAGAAGACAAAAACAAAUUACUAGAAAAGAAAAGCGACGAACUGAAGAAAUCAUACGAGAAAAAAUUGGCAGAACAGACCGAUCGCUUGAAGAUGGCUGAAGCAAGGGCAUUAAAACUUGAAGAAAAAGUACCAUCCUUUGACGUGCAGCGAGAAAUAGAUGAUCUGAAACGAACCAACAAAUUCCUCAAUGACGAUCUUGUGCGAUUAAAGGAACAAAACACAAGCCUGCAGUACGAAAAAGUGGAAAUUUCUAAACAAAAAGAAAGGUGUGAAAAGGUGCUCAAUACCAUUGCCAACGAAAACGAUAGCUUGAAGAGUGAAAGGAUGCUUAAUGAUUGCGCCUGUCGAGAUCUCGAAAACGAGCUGGCCUUACUCAAAUCUGAAAAAAUGCGACUAGACCAUAUUGUCAAUACCACGAACGAAAGGAUGAUGGAAAUGAACGAAAACAAAAAUCAAUUAAUAAAUAGGUUGACCGAAGUGGAACAGCAGAAAGCAAACCUGCUCCAGGAUAUGGACCUUGCGAAUCAAGAGGUGUUGAGGCUGAGAGAAGAAAAUUACCAACUGGAUCUUAAAUACCAACAGAUUUCAUUGGAAUCGCGUGAUAAAUGUUCGACGAACGACGACGAUUCCAACGAUGUAGAACAGUUCGAUGAACCUUCGGCUCACUCGGCUACAGGGGCUUCGAAACCUUGCUGCCCCCCGGCGAACAACACAGCAGCAAGCCAAAACGUUCGAGGAUACGAAUUCUCGAUUAACAGCGGAAUUCGAAGGAGUAAAGUUCACGGGCAGAUUCAAAACAAAUCGGCAGUAGAAAGUUCGACGCAAGUGUUUGCAAUCGCAAUCCCAACAACAGAGGGCGACGGACGUUCCAAGGGUGAAUGCAAAAAACGACUUCCUCAGAGGAAAAAAUCGGUUCAGCAUCCAACACCAAUAGAUAAGCACCCUGAACACAAAAAUUCUUCAGAUUUAUGUAUUUUUCACGCAAGAAUGCCGAGAGGAAAGUUUGCCGACGACGAAUUUAAAGAGCUGAAAGUGAAGCUCGCGCGGACUGUGAGCCAUUUCAACGCCUUGCAAAAGGAGAACCACUGUCACAACAGACCGUCGAAAACCAAAGAUCUCGAGUUGUUGACUGGUCAAGUCAUUCUUCAGCAGUUGAGGCUCCUUUUCGAAGAUCUGAGGAAAAUCAAGGGUGAAAUAGAAAAUAACUUCUUUAACACGGUCCACGGCGAUAUCGGCGGCGUCAACGGAGCAAGGCACAAGCUCGAACGAGUCAAAGAAGAGUACCUCAAACUCUUGUUCGAUGUAGAAGAAGGCCGCAGAGCGAUCGGCGUGCUAAGGAAUAAUAUGAACUGUAUCAGUGAAGUGUCAUCUGGAAAAUUGUCAAAAGAAUACAACUCACCUGACGAAAACGGGGUCACAUGGAUACGGGAAAAAUCGAAGUCGGAAGAAGAAAUUCGCCAUCCUUGCAGUCCUAGCGAAAAAUCGACGUACGUCUAUCAUUGCAACACAGCCGUCGGAGGUCGCGGUAAAAAUGUCGGGAAGGCAAAGGGGAAAAAAGAAGCGAGCCCUCCUCCGAAGGAAGAAGGAGACGUACCAGAAGAGCUGGAUCAAUAUUUAUCUUAUAUUUUCAAAAUCGAAUGUGAAAACAACUCAUUGAGAGAGCAGAUAAAUCAACUUCAGUCUGAACUGUGCAAAGUCACGUCGAAUUUCGGGGAAAUCCAUUCCAGUCUCGGGCUCGCGUCGUCGGAAAACAAAGCCAGACAAAUGGAGCUGGAGAAACUGAACAACGAAGUCAAAGAGCUGAGGGACAGGAUAUGCGUGGCGGACAGAACUGUUCAAAAUCUCACUGAAGAGAACAGCCGACUGAAGAAAGGCCCUAAAGUCGUUCAAGAGGAACCGCAAAGAGAUUCUUACAAUCCUGCCGGUUCGAAAUCUCAAAAAACUGAAAUGCGACGACUCCAAACCGAGCUCACAUCGGCUCUCAAAAAGAACGAAACUUAUCAAGUAGAACUAAAAGAAGCUGUUGAAAUUGUGAGAAAACUGACGACACAGCUGGAAAGCAAAGAGAAGGAAAUAGACAAUUUACACACGAUAAAGUUCUCUUUGGAGAAGAAAGCGCAAGAGAGAAGCUCGAAAGAUUCUGAAUCGGCAAAGUCUUCAAAAUCUCAGGAAGUUAUCCUAGCACAGAAACUAUUGGAAAAGAGUUACCAGAUAGAGGCUCUCAUUGCAGAAAACGGAGAGUUGAAACGGAGGGUAGAAAAUAUGUCGGAUGACGUUAGCAGUUUAGAAAAGAAGAAAGAAUUUAUUUGGAAAAAGAAAGAUGAAAUGGCUAAACAAAUACAGUCUCUUUUAACUGAAAACGCGGAUCUGAGUAAGUCGUUAGAUGAUAAAUUACACGAAAUAUCUACUACACGGGCGUUGUUAACGCGUAUAGAAAAUUCGUUAAAAAGUGAGCAGAGAGGACACUCCACGACAAGGUCUGAGCUGACCAAAGUAAAGAAAGAAUUGGCAGCGUUUAUGAAGAAAAUGACGAGUGAUAAAGCCGAAAAAGACGUCGCCCAAGACAAAGCCACGGCGUUGCUCCAGGAAGUAGAGACCAUCGAAAAAAAAUUUAAAGACAUGGAAGAAAAGAAAAACCAAACGGACAAAGAGGCGCAGCUUUUAAAAGAAAAAUUAGACGAAUUAAAAAGCGCCUAUGAGAAAAAGUUCCAUGAGCAAAACACACUGAUGAAACUGAACGAAGGCAGAUUUGAGCAGAUGGAAAGCAAAAUGGCCGAAGUCGCCAAAGAAAACGAAAAUUUAAAAAAGCAGGUAAACGAUUUGAAAAGAAUUAACAAUUCACUUGCCGAAGAAUGCGUAAAGACCGGUCAAGACCAUUUCAAACUCAAGUACGAGAAGAUCGAUUUGGUGAAGAAAGAAGAGAGACUGGAAUUAACGAUUAAGAACUUGAAAUGCGAAAUCGAAGAGCUCAAAAAUUUCAAAGCGGUUCAAUCUUCAGAAAUCCGCGAUCUUGAUAAUAGACUUGGCCAGUUGAAAGAAGAGAAAAUGACGAUUGAAAGCCAGGUGAAAACCUACGAAAGGCGGGUCGCAAGCCUCAUCGAAGAAAACAAACAGCUCACUUUAGAGUUGCAAGACCAAGAACACGCGAAAGAGGAGCUGAAAAAGGAAAUCGACGACACGAAGAGAAACUUGCGAGGCGUGAUCAGCGAGAACUUCAACAUCAGGCUGAAACUGCGCGAAAACACGUCGGACAACACAAAAAGCGAACCUCUGUCCGAUUACUCGACGGAUACAACGGCUGACACGAGCACGGUCAUCCACAAGGGCGCAAAUUUGACCAUCUUGAACGAUUUCCACGGCCAGUUCGACUCUUCCGACUAUCGCCAAUUUCCCGACUCGCCGUCACCCACGAUAAAAAAGAGUUCAACGGCCGUCACGGAAACUCCAGCCAGGACAGGAAUCUUGAAGUGGCCCCAGUGCAGCACCGCGCCUGCCAACGUCGGUGGACACCUCAAUUAUAGCGUGUACAACGUCGAAUUCGACAUUCAACCUCAGGCCGAACGCCACCGCCACAGGAACAGCUCGUACUCAGCCAUUCCUGACAUCUCAUCCGACGAUCUUCAGAACAUUUACUUCAAUACUGUUUGCGAAAAUAAGUCUUGUAACAAACUGACUCAAUAAAUUUUCUCCAUCGUCAUGAUUUUAA